AUGUUGAUUCCAGGUUGGAUGUUGAAACUCAACCAAACCGUCAUGCUGUGCUUGGAGCUGCCAAUUCCCGUCCGGAUCUGUGGUGUCCAGCUGAAGCUAACGUGUUUGCGUCGUGUUCUGUGGAUGGGACUGUUGCAGUUUGGGAUGUCUGAGCUGGGAAGUCGCCUGCAGCUGGCUAGUUGCAUGUUGGCCUCAGGGAGUGAUGACGGGUCAUUCUCUAUCCGUGAUCUCAGACUAAUCAAGGUGUAUUUACAAGAUCCAUGGCGUCAUGCUUCAAAACAAACUUCAUCUCCUGAACUGCCUUCUUACACCAUAAACUGCCGUAACUGUGGCCAUGGAACUGAUCUAAGAGGAUGCCCUCAAUCUCCAAUGGUCAUUGAAGGUAAAUCAAAUAAUUGCAGCUCAUCAGAUGCUGUAAACAAAGUGAGACAACAGAUGGUAGAACACAUCGGUUUAUGGUUGUCUGAAUGUCACGGAUCAACUAGGAGUUCUAUGUAG